AUGGCUACGAUGAACACUGUAGCUGAUGCAGUGCGUGAGGCUGCAAUGGCUGCUGCUAGGGCUGUUGAGCGUCUUGGAGUGAGAAAUGGAAAUGAAAAUGAAAAUGGAGAGGAUAAUGGGAACAAUGAGGCUGAUCCAGCGCAUCCUGAUAAACCCAUGACCCUUGCUACUUUUCUGAAAGUGAAUCCACCUAAGUUCAAAGGUACACUCAUUGCGACUGAUGCCGACAACUGGUUCCGAGGUAUCGAGCGAUCACUGCGAGCACAACAUGUUCCGGAAGGCCAACAUGUAGAGUUUUCUACCUAUAUGCUCGAAGGAGAGGCUGAGUAUUGGUGGCAGGGGAUACAGCGACUGCUGCAACAAAAUGAAGGUGACAUUCCUUGGGAUACCUUUAGGGACAAAUUCUAUAAGAAGUAUUUUCCGAGAGCGGCACGUGACGCUAAGGAGAUAGAGCUUAUGCAACUGAAGCAAGAGGAUAUGACUAUUGCUGAGUACGCCCGUAAGUUCGAUGACUUGUGCCGUUUCUCCAAGAUUUGUCAAGGGAACCCGGCCGACUUUGAGGAAUGGAAGUGUCUGAAGUUUGAAGGAGGACUCCGAGAAGAACUGAUGAAUUCUGUUGUUCCGCUAGAGAUACGAAAUUUUGCUGAACUGGUGAAUAAAAGUAAACUAGUGGAAGAAUGUUCGAAGAAGGCGGCGAUAGCUCGAGCAGAUCGUAGGGAGGCCUCACGAAGAGACCUUAUUCAGAAUUUAGCCCCUCAAGGUCGCAACUUUAAAGCCAAUGAUCAAUAUCGGCGCCAAAAUAGGAAUCAACGGAAUGGUGAUUUUCUUGCUCGCAACAACAACAACAACCAUAACUAUAAUCUAGGACAGGAACGAGGAGGUCAAUCUCAGGGUAUUUCGAUAUGCUCAAGGUGUGGGAAAGAUCAUGGUAAUAGACCUUGUCAGUAUGGAACAAACAAUUGUUAUACUUGCGGAGAACCUGGACAUAUGGCCAGGGCUUGCCCAAAUAGGUUUGUUCAAGAUCCAGUCAGAACCCAAAUAUUAGGACGAAUAUCUACCAUGACUGUUGAUGAUGCUCUGUACUCAGACUCCGUGAUCCAAGGUUAA